AUGCCCCCAGCUAGGACCCCUGCCCACCCAGCCCUGAGCCAGUGGGCAGAUCUGGGCCAUCACAUCAAGCCUGAGCAAGGUGCCCAGCAGAGUGCCACGGUGGCCAACCCGGUGCCCGGCUCCAACCCAGACCUGCUUCCCCACUUCCUGGUGGAGCCCGAGGACGUGUACAUAGUCAAGAACAAGCCGGUGCUGCUGGUGUGCAAGGCCACGCCCGCCACGCAGAUCUUCUUCAAGUGCAACGGGGAGUGGGUGCGCCAGGUGGACCAUGUGAUUGAGCGCAGCACGGAUGGGAGCAGCGGACUGCCCUCCAUGGAGGUCCGCAUCAACGUGUCGCGGCAGCAGGUGGAGAAGGUGUUCGGGCUGGAGGAGUUCUGGUGUCAGUGCGUGGCGUGGAGUUCCUCGGGCACCACCAAGAGUCAGAAGGCCUACAUCCGCAUUGCCUAUUUGCGGAAGAACUUUGAGCAGGAGCCCCUGGCCAAGGAGGUGUCGCUGGAGCAGGGCAUCGUGCUGCCCUGCCGCCCACCGGAGGGCAUCCCCCCAGCCGAGGUGGAGUGGCUCCGGAACGAGGACCUCGUGGACCCAUCCAUGGACCCCAACGUGUACAUCACACGGGAGCAUAGCCUGGUGGUGCGACAGGCCCGCCUGGCCGACACGGCCAACUACACCUGCGUGGCCAAGAACAUCGUGGCUCGUCGCCGCAGCGCCUCCGCUGCUGUCAUCGUCUAUGUGGAUGGCAGCUGGAGCCCAUGGAGCAAGUGGUCGGCCUGUGGGCUCGACUGUACCCACUGGCGCAGCCGUGAGUGCUCAGACCCCGCACCCCGCAAUGGAGGCGAGGAGUGCCAAGGCGCUGACCUGGAUACCCGCAAUUGUACCAGCGACCUCUGUGUGCACACUGCUUCUGGCCCAGAGGACGUGGCCCUCUAUGUGGGCCUCAUAGCCGUGGCUGUGUGCCUCCUCUUGCUGCUGCUCGUCCUCAUUCUUGUGUACUGCCGCAAGAAGGAGGGACUGGACUCGGACGUGGCCGACUCGUCCAUCCUCACCUCAGGCUUCCAGCCCGUCAGCAUCAAGCCCAGCAAAGCAGACAGUCCCCAUCUGCUCACCAUCCAGCCAGACCUCAGCACCACCACCACCACCUACCAGGGCAGCCUGUGUCCCCGGCAAGAUGGGCCCAGCCCCAAGUUCCAGCUCACCAACGGGCACCUGCUCAGCCCCCUGGGCAGCGGCCGCCACACGCUGCACCACAGCUCGCCCACCUCGGACGCGGAGGACUUCGUCUCCCGCCUCUCCACCCAGAACUACUUCCGCUCCCUGCCCCGCGGCACCAGCAACAUGGCCUAUGGGACCUUCAACUUCCUCGGGGGCCGGCUGAUGAUCCCUAAUACAGGCAUCAGCCUCCUCAUCCCCCCGGACGCCAUACCCCGAGGAAAGAUCUACGAGAUCUACCUCACACUGCACAAGCCGGAAGACGUGAGGUUGCCCCUAGCUGGCUGUCAGACCCUGCUGAGUCCCAUCGUUAGCUGUGGGCCCCCCGGAGUCCUGCUCACACGGCCCGUCAUCCUCACCAUGGACCACUGUGGGGAGCCCAGCCCCGAGAGCUGGAGCCUGCGCCUCAAAAAGCAGUCCUGCGAAGGCAGCUGGGAGGACGUGCUGCACCUGGGUGAGGAGGCGCCCUCUCACCUCUACUACUGCCAGCUAGAGGCCGGCGCCUGCUACGUCUUCACGGAGCAGCUGGGCCGCUUCGCCCUGGUGGGAGAGGCCCUCAGCGUGGCUGCCGCCAAGCGCCUCAAGCUGCUCCUGUUCGCCCCAGUGGCCUGCACCUCCCUCGAGUACAAUAUCCGAGUCUACUGCCUGCACGACACCCAUGACGCACUCAAGGAGGUGGUACAGCUGGAGAAACAGCUGGGAGGACAGCUGAUCCAGGAGCCCCGCGUCCUGCACUUCAAGGACAGCUACCACAACCUGCGCUUGUCCAUCCACGAUGUGCCCAGCUCCCUGUGGAAGAGCAAGCUCCUCGUCAGCUACCAGGAGAUCCCCUUUUAUCACAUCUGGAAUGGCACACAGCAGUACCUGCACUGCACUUUCACCCUGGAGCGUGUCAGCCCCAGCACCAGCGACCUGGCCUGCAAGGUGUGGGUGUGGCAGGUGGAGGGCGAUGGGCAGAGCUUCAACGUCAACUUCAACAUCACCAAGGACACAAGAUUCACUGAGCUGCUGGUCCUGGAGAGUGAAGGGGGGGUCCCAGCCCUAGUGGGCCCCAGUGCCUUCAAGAUCCCCUUCCUCAUUCGGCAGAAGAUAAUUACCAGCCUGGACCCGCCCUGCAGUCGGGGUGCCGACUGGCGGACUCUGGCCCAGAAACUCCACCUGGACAGCCAUCUCAGCUUCUUUGCCUCCAAGCCCAGCCCCACAGCCAUGAUCCUCAACCUGUGGGAGGCACGGCACUUCCCCAACGGCAACCUCAGCCAGCUGGCGGCAGCAGUGGCCGGACUGGGCCAGCCAGAUGCCGGCCUCUUCACAGUGUCAGAGGCCGAGUGCUGAGGCCGGCGAGGCCCACAACGCCUACACUCUCACCAGCUUUGGCGCCCGCCAGGAACAGGCAGAAGCCAAGACAGGGCCCUUCCCCACCACCGGGGAGAGCUGCGCGGACAGGCCCCCUCCUGGCAGACGCGAUCCCCUCUCACUGGCCCUUUCAGACCCUGCCCGCACUCCCUCCCCGCCACGGCCUGCGUGGCCAGGCUGGCAUUGCCACCUGCUCUGACUCUGCCCGGGCACCCCGGGUCCCAGGGUGGAUGGCGCCUGGAGCCCAGGCUGGAACCAGCCCAUUGGUGUGUGUGUCUGUGCGUGUGAUGUUACCUCUCCUCCUGCCCCGGCCAGGGGGCCGCAUACACACAGGCAGGCACGCACGCGAUGGGCUCGGGACGUGGCCCCAGAGCUCCUGCCUGAGCUGGAUCUUAUGCAAACAUUUCCGUGCCUGCUGGGUAGGGGCACAUCUGAGGGGCUCGGCUCCAAGCCUUCGGGACUGAAGGCCACAGCUGAACAGGGGGCGGCCCCUGCAUUCAGGCACACAACCACCACACGGCCAUGUACCCACGCAUGUCCUGUGUGCUCCUGUCACCCGUGUCCCCCCUGACACGCAUCUCAUGCCGUACACCCAGAGGCUGCUCACGUCUCUCAGGCCCGGUGUCAGCCCACACCUGCCUCUCACAUGCUGCCCUUCUCCCACCCACCCAGGGACACCCAAUGGCUCCUCCCUGUUCCCCUCUCCUGCCCCCAGCCAUGAGGAGCCCUGCCCAACAGGGCAUGUGAAUAUGCAAUGGGAGUCCCGGGCUGGACAAUGGCGAGUGUGUGUGCCAUGGUGUGCCCAUUCCUGGGGCUGGCAGGUGCCCCAUGUGGGGCCUGUGGUGUGAAGUUUGUGCCCUGACUCUGUUUUAAGUGCAUUCGUGCACUUACACUUGGCCUUAUGUACACAGCCUUGCCCGGCCGC